UGUUGAAGGAAGGACACUGUACUUUAAGGAUAAAAAUGGCUGUGUCCUAGAUUUUCAGAAGAGUUUUCAUCCUGACCACUGUCCUGGAUCUACACCUUCAGAAGAAACAGUGACCCAUCUCUUGGCGAGAAAAGACUUUGGUGCUUUUAAUUGUCUGUGGACAGUAUUUGAGGAGUCAUCAUGCCUAUUUUGAAGCAGCUCGUGUCCUCGUCCUCCCAGUCAAAGCGGCGCUCUCGUGCUGACUUGACUGCAGAAAUGAUCAGUGCACCUCUGGGAGACUUCCGUCACACUAUGCAUGUGGGGCGAGGAGGCGACGCUUUCGGGGACACCUCCUUUCUUAGCAGCCGCUCAGGGGAGCCACCUAGGGAGCCGGAGGUACAGCAGAGCUCACCUAAACAGAGCCUCCUUUCCCGUACGUUCCGAAGCAGCAAGCGCUCCCAAUCGGUCAAUCGCGACAAGCCGGACAAAUCCAAACUAGCGCCCCCUGGUGGCUCGCCAAGUUAUGUAAAAAAUGCAAUCUCGCUGCCAUAUUUGAAUGAUGACUACGCAGGACGGGGGACAGAAAUCCACCUUCCCAAGAGCGUGUCCUCAAGCCCUUUAAAGAACGUUCCGGAAGUUGAUGGAAAGCCGCUUAACGGAGCUGGAGCGCCCGCUGUAUCGGACUUGGAGCUGGACGAGAGGAAUUUUGGUGAGCUGACCGACUUGCGUCCGUCAGUUCCUUACACCGGAGGCAUGAAACAUGCAGAGUCCAUCAUGUCCUUCCACAUUGAUCUGGGUCCCUCCAUGCUGGGCGACAUCCUGAGUGUGAUGGAGAAGAAGGGCUUAGAUGAUGACGAUCUGGGAUUCGAAGAGGGGAAGAGCAGCUCGCCGCCCCAGAGUCCUCCCAAUGAAGUCGAGGAAGAGGACCCCCUUCCUCCGAUCCGCCCUCCACGCCAAAGGCCAGGCACCAACCCUUACACUCCAGAGCUCCAAACCAGGAACCAUCAACACUUGGACAGCUGUUCCCUCUCAAGUUCAGGGUCCACCGUGCUGGAUGAAAAACCCCACAAUCAGAUUUAUGAGGCAAAUAUGGACGACAUCAAGUACAGCUCACCUCGAGUGCAAGACGACAGAGACUUCUCCUACAUGGAUGAUGACGAUGACGACGAGAUUAAGCUGUAAAAUGAGCUGUAAGUUGCCAUAACAGUCUUUGCAAAGACUAAAAGAAGAGGAGGAGGUGGGUUGUGGUCGAUUGGUGAAUGCAAAGCUUGUACAUUGCCAUGGAGGACUGAUUUGAUAAUGGAGAUGAAAGGGAAAACGUAUGUUUUAGCCCUUGCUAAAUACUUUUUCACUACAAUUCCUAGUUCGGGUAUACAAACCUUCUGUUACUAGUGACUUUCACCAGAGCCGCCACAGCUGUGAGAGGAAUGUGCUUGUGUGUUUGCAUAUGCCAAGGCGAGGAAAUUCGGUUUCAAAUGGUAAUUACGGUCUCGUGAGUAUCAUUAAUGAAUUCCAGUGUUGACCACUGGGAACGCUGAUACAGGAGGUUUGUGUGGAACCAAACCUCAGAAUCUCCCAUGAUCGACACAGUGCUCGGAUGCAGCUCGCUUAUGCCUUUGGACUUCCAAAUUAUUGCCAACAGUCUUAAGUUUCCUAUGUUUUACAGUUUUUGAUUCCAUCUUUAAGUUAUAUCCAAAAUUUUGCCUUGUACACAAGUCUGUAUUGAUGUAAAUGUUGAAGUGAUGAUUCGAAUGACAUAAACGUGUUUGGAGGUUCAACACAACGCUAUAUCUCUGGCAUAUGUUACCUUUUUUUUUCCUGUUGAGAGUUGUUUAUGUAGUGGAUCUGGACUUUGUCAUGUGGUCCAUGUGUGUUUAAGAGGAUUUCCUGUCGGGUCACAUGAAAUUCUCAAUCUUGGAGACUUUAGAUUGAUGGGAUACAGAACCCGAGAGCAGUGGUGACACUGUUAGGAGGCAGUAGAAUCAGUGUGAGUGGAACCAAUGACGACGUCAAUUUUGUGUGUGUGAAUGAGGAUUGAUGUCAAGAGGGCUGAGAAGUGUGCUAUUUGAUUAUCAUUGUAUAGGCUCAGAGAUGAAGGGGUCGCUCUCUUAUUCAGGGUCUAGUGUAGUGCCUCGAUCUUCAAACCAUGCUCAUCAGCAGAAGUGGCUAGGGGUUUUCAUCUCUGAAUGACUCUUGUUGUUCUUUGUAUUUCUGUAUUUAGGUUUUGAAGAGAGAUAAGACCUAUCACCCCGUGAUAAGACUGUAACUUGUAUAGCCACUCUGUGAGUUCGUGCCAUACCCUUUGCGUCGGUUAAGCAUAAACAUGUACUUUAUUCAAAUUCUUUAAUCUCAAAAUGAGCAAACUUGAUCCUCCAUGCAAUAUUAUCUUACAGAGAUUGUUGAUGCGGAUGAAACAGAUCUGACUCAUUCCAAUUCAAUUAAUUCACAUUAUAUUUCAAAGCUUUCACUUGAUUUUCCUUAAAAGAGAAGUGUGUAAUUUCCAUGCCACUAGCUGCACCAAAAUGGAAUUCAUAAAUAAUAAUAAUUAAA